GGCGGGAGCCGGAGUCGCCGCCGGCGCCGGCGCCGAUUCCUCUCUUUGGUGCUAAGACUAUUGGUCGGAGAAGUCCUGAUGGACCAGUGUUGAGCAAAGCUGAAUUUGUUGAGAAAGUUCGUCAGAGUAACCAGGCCUGUCAUGAUGGAGAUUUUCAUACAGCUAUUGUUCUGUACAAUGAAGCCCUGGCUGUUGACCCUCAGAACUGCAUCUUAUACAGCAAUAGAUCUGCAGCCUAUAUGAAAAUCCAGCAGUAUGACAAGGCACUGGACGAUGCAAUCAAAGCUCGACUUCUCAAUCCCAAAUGGCCAAAGGCAUACUUCCGACAGGGUGUUGCCCUCCAGUACCUCGGACGUCAUGCCGAUGCCCUGGCAGCCUUUGCAUCUGGACUGGCACAGGACCCCAAGAGUCUCCAGCUUCUGGUGGGGAUGGUAGAAGCGGCCAUGAAAUCUCCCAUGAGAGACUCCCUCGAGCCCACUUAUCAGCAGCUUCAGAAAAUGAAACUGGACAAGAGCCCCUUUGUGGUCGUAUCUGUGGUUGGGCAGGAACUCCUGACAGCUGGCCAUCAUGGCGCCUCUGUGGUUGUCUUAGAAGCUGCUCUCAAGAUUGGCACCUGCAGCCUCAAACUGAGAGGUUCGGUUUUCUCCGCCCUGAGCAGUGCUUACUGGUCUCUUGGAAACACAGAGAAGAGUACUGGAUACAUGCAGCAGGACUUGGAUGUAGCCAAGACCUUAGGUGACCAGACAGGAGAAUGCCGAGCUCAUGGGAAUCUGGGCUCUGCAUUCUUCUCCAAAGGAAAUUAUCGGGAGGCUCUCACUAACCACAGGCACCAGUUGGUGCUCGCCAUGAAACUCAAGGAUCGAGAGGCAGCUUCAUCAGCCCCUGAGCAGUCUGGGCCACGUGUACACAGCCAUUGGUGACUACCCCAAUGCAUUG